AUGCCAAACAUGCCGAAUUACACUGGCUCCGUUUCCGGUGCUUUCCCGGGGCUAUUGGGUAUGGUUCCAGGUAUUGCACCUGGUCCUUCAGGUGGCGCUAUCUUGCCUGGAGUUGGAGCUUCGCUGGGGGAAGUCUGCAGGGAAUAUCUUAAUGGUAGAUGUGCAAACACUGUCUGCAAGCUGAAUCACCCUCCGCAGAAUCUGCUGAUGACUGCUAUAGCUGCAACAACAAGCAUGGGUAAUCUAAGUCAGGUCCCUAUGGCACCUUCCGCUGCAGCAAUGGCUGCUGCUCAAGCCAUUGUCGCCGCUCAGGCCCUUCAAGCUCAUGCUUCUCAGAUGCAAGCUCAAGCUCGAUCAAACAAAGGCUCUUUAGGUUCUCCAGAGAAAGGAGAAACAGGAGAGACCAUGAAGAAAUGUGUCCAAGUUAGCAACCUGAGCCCACAGCUUACAACUGAACAGCUUAGGCAGCUAUUUAGCUUAUGUGGCACAGUAGUUGACUGUAGUAUAACUGAUGCAAAGCAUCUUGCCUAUAUAGAAUACUCAAAGGCAGAAGAAGCGACCGCUGCUUUGGCAUUAAACAAUAUGGAAGUCUGUGGUAAGCCUUUGAAUGUUGAGAUUGCGAAAUCGCUUCCUCAGAAACCAUCUUCCGAUUACUCUUCUUCGUCCUCACUACCAAUGAUGAUGCAACAGGCCGUCGCAAUGCAGCAGAUGCAGUUCCAACAGGCUAUUCUGAUGCAACAGGCCAUGGCUACUCAGCAGGCGGCUAAUAGAGCAGCCACAAUGAAGUCUGCCACUGAGCUCGCAGCAGCAAGGGCCGCAGAGAUAAGUAAGAAACUUAGACCUGAUGGAGUUGGAAAUGACGAAAAAGAAGCUGACCAGAAACCUAGGUCACCAUCUAAAUCUCCUACGAGGUCGAGAUCUGAAUCCAAGUCACCAAUUAGUUACAGGAGAAGGCGGAGAUCUCCGUCUUAUUCACCACCAUUUCGUCGCCCAAGAAGUCAUAGAUCAAGAUCACCGUUGAGAUAUCACCACCGGCGAUCAACUUAUGAGGGGAGAAGGCGGUCAUUUAGAGACUCUAAGGAUAUUUCUGAUAGUAGGAGAUACGGUGGUAGAUCAGAUGAACACCACCACCAUUCAUCUAGUUCAAGGAGAAGUAGGAGUAUAAGCCCCAGAAAGAGAAACUCCCAUCAAGAAGAUUCAGAGGUGUCGAGACAUCAUCGACGGGAUAAGAAAUCAUCCCGUGGUGGUUCACGAUCACCAAGGCGACGUAGGGAAGCUAAGUCAACCCCAAGAUAUGAUGAAGAGAACAAAAGUUGA